AUGCAAAGCCCUGAGUUGCCUGGAGGCUCCGGCCCCUUAGGCCCCGUGACAAGUGCCAAAGGCCACGGGGUGGCUUGGACUCCCAGACCCGCAAGGCUCGAUCCUCAGACUGCAGAGCCCAGACCGGGCCCAGCAGGAGAGCUGCCUAGAGACGAGCCGCCAGGCCGGCUGGCCAGGACUCAGGGACCCGGGCCAGCAGCUAGCUCCACAGCCAUCUGCAAAGGCAGCCGUGUCUUAAAGCAAAUCCCUUUCCUUUGUUGCAAAGGUGUAGAUACUUUUGUAUAUUUGUAUGGAACUUUGAAAAGGCAAAAACCUCUGUAUAUUUUGCAUCUGUACUGA